GUGGAUUUGGGAUUCCUGCGCUUCAUCAGCGCCAUCGGCACACAGGGCGCCAUCUCCAAAGAAACCAAGAAGCGCUACUACGUCCGAUCGUAUAAAGUGGACCUGAGCUCCAACGGAGAGGACUGGGUCACAGUGAAGGAGGGUUCCAAACCCAAGAUAUUCCAGGGGAACCACAAUCCCACAGAUGAGGUCCGGGCCUUCCUUCCUAAACCCACGCUGACCCGCUACGUCCGAGUCCGACCCAUGUCCUGGGAACAGGGGAUCUGCAUGCGCCUGGAGGUCUACGGCUGCAGGACCUCAGACUACCCGUGCUCUGGGAUGUUGGGGAUGGUUUCAGGUCAGAUCUCCGACGCUCAGAUCAGCGCCUCGUCCUUCGCAGACCGCGGCUGGGUGGCCGAGAACGCACGACUGCUGACGGGGAGAUCUGGAUGGACGGGACAGCAGAACAAGCAGCCCUUCAGGAACGAGUGGAUCCAGGUGGACCUGGGUCAGGAGAAGAUGCUCAGUGCUGUUGUGAUCCAGGGCGGAAAACACCGCGACAGGAACGUGUUCAUGAAGCGGUUUAAGGUCGGCCACAGCCUGGACGGAGACGAGUGGACCAUGGUGAAGGAGGACAACAGCACCAGGCCCAAGAUAUUUCCUGGUAAUCAGAACCACGACACCCCAGAGCUGAGACCCGUGGGUCCGGUACUGACCCGGUUCGUUCGGAUCUACCCAGAGAGAGCCACCAUGGAGGGGGUGGGGCUGCGUCUGGAGCUGCUGGGCUGUGAACUGGACGACAUUACUACUGUGGCUCCUCCCACCACACCGCUCAUCUCCACCCCUCCCAUGACCACGUUCGGUGCCACCACCACUGCACCCAUCACCGUCCCCGUAACCACGGCAACGAUGACCACCACCACCAUCUGUGAGGAAGGACGAGACUGUGGCACCACGACCGACACACCUGAGGACUACGACAGCAUGACAGUGGGCGGUACCACACUGAUCGACUCCAUCAUACCAGACGACCUGAUCCAAGCGUACGUGUGGUUCGCCUGUAACUUCGACUUCUCCUCGUUCUGCGGUUGGACCAGCGAGGGGGGGCGGGGCGCCGAGUGGCUCAUCCAGACCAGCGGGACCCCCACCGUCCACAAAGGCCCCGCCCUCGACCACACAGGUGGACCGGGGAACUUCAUCUACAUGCAGCUGAGCGACACCGACAUGCCCAGUAAACCUGGAGAGGACGAGUCGGAGGAGGACCGGGUGGCCCGCUUGUCCAGUCUGAAGGUGACGGCGCCGGACUCGGACCUGUGCAUGUCCUUCUGGUACCACAUGUUUGGAGAACACGCCGGAAAACUGCACAUCAAGCAGAGGAAGGAGACGCCGGACAGCGAGCAGAUCCUGUGGAUGCUGAGCGGACACCAGGGCGGACGAUGGAGGGAGGGGCGGGUUCUACUGCCACGGGCCGCCGCCUCCUAUCAGGUGGUCGUGGAGGGCGUGGCCGACAGACGCAGUAGUGGACACAUCGCCGUGGAUACGAUUCAGAUCCUGGACGGACUGAACCCUGCAGACUGUAAAGAUCCAGAAGCUCCUUCGACUCCGCCCACAGAGAUCCUGAUCCUGCCCAUGGACUCCCUGUCCCAGGAGACCAGUGAACUGGGUAGUCCGGUCCUGAAGACCCUGGACCCCAUCCUCAUCACCAUCAUUGCCAUGUCGGCGCUGGGCGUGUUCCUGGGCGCCAUCUGCGGCGUGGUCCUGUACUGCGCCUGUUCUCAGGGCAGCAUCACCGACAGGAACUUAUCGGCGCUGGAGAACUAUAACUUUGAGCUGGUGGACGGCGUCAAGCUAAAGAAAGACAAGAUGAACGGACAGACGAACUAUUCAGAGGCGUGAAAAAAAGGUGAACGGACGGGGGGCAGAGCCCGGAGAAACGCUCCCAAAUGAACACAUGACGCAGCCAAUCAGACGGGAGGAACCACAGGGGCUGAAGCCACCAAUGGGACGGCAGGGUGGGCGGGGACACGAGCCCAUGUCAUUAUUUUCUCAGGAGCGGCGGUGGAAGGGACUGACCUGCAGGGGGCACUGUGUAUAAAGAACCUGUACAGCAAAAAAAAAAAAAGAAGAAAACUAAGGAUUCUAUUUGUUUUUCGGCGUGCUUUGUUGAUUUCACGUAAUCACAUGCUGGUGUUGAGACCAAUUCCGAUGAAAGUAUCGUCGGUGUACUUUUAAAGGACGAUAAGGUCGGAUUUUUCAGUUUGUUUUUUUCUUGUCUUUUUCUCGCCGACGUUGUUUCACAGGAAGAGCAGAGUAUGUGAAAUGUGCACUUCAGUUCUGGGCUCAUUAUCCGGCCACGCCCCCGCGAGCAGGAGAACAUUAACACCAUAAACAUGUGCAUCGUCUGCAUAUGAGCGGUGUGGCUGUCGGUGUGUGUGUCUGUGUGUGUGUGUGUGUGUGUGUGUGUGUCUGUGUGUGUGUGUGCACGCGUUAUGGAAGUAAAUCUGUGUCAUCAGAUUUUGAAUUAUAAAAGCCAUUCAAUUUCUAGCACUGAAUUUUUUUGCACUGAAAUUAAGUAUCUGAAUUUUUGCAUCUGAAUUUUUUGGCUCUGAAUUCUGAAUGGUCAUAAAUUUUGAAUUUAAAAAAAAUUCAGAUGGAAAGAAUUCAGAAGCAAAAAAUUCAGAUGCAAAAAAAUUCAGAUACUUAAUUUCAGAGCAAAAAAAAUCAGUGCUAGAAAUUCAAUGGCUUUUAUAAUUCAAAAUCUGAUGACAGAUUUCCUUCCAUAGUGUGUUACACUCGUGUGUGUGUGUGUGUGUGUGUGUGUGUGUGUGUGUUUCGGUGGGUGUGUCUGUGUGUUUGAGUGGCGGUUUGGUCCCGUCCACUUGUGUCUAGUUCCGACAGUGCCUUUAGUUUGUUCCUCUGGUUUUUUCGUUGCCUUGUUUUCUGCUGGUUGUUGUUUUCAUCAGCUGGUGUUCCAUUCAGGGAUUCUACACAAAAAAAUGCAGAAAUAGUCCAGAAAACUGACCUUUUAUUCAGCUGAAUUUAUAUUGAAUUGAAUUAUAGGAUGGUCGUCUUUUGUUGUUUGUCUGUGAAUCUGCUUCUGUGGUUGAAAGUUGUUCUGACACUGACUUAAAGCUUCUUUUCUACACAGUCCCUUUGGUGACAGGAGGAAGAAAAUAUUAAUGCAUGGCAACAAGAUAAGGAACGAUAAAUGAUAAAUGUGCACAAAUCUGUGACAUCUGGAACUUUCUUAAUCCUGUUACUGUCACUUUUCCAUCGUCGUUACUUCCACAACUUUCAUGGUCGUGCAGAAACCACAGUAUCUGAUUGGUCCAUGUGAAGCACUUUUCCACCAAUAGAAACACAGUGAUAUGUUUUCUUUUGUCUAAGCACUUCCUGUUUGCCAGAAACUCCCUUUCCCGUCUCUUCCUGCACCGAUCGUCACACCAAACCGAAUGACACUAUCGCCUAAAACUAGUGUUUGUCCUGUGUGUCAUGAGUUUGGUUUUCCUCGUCCUUUUAACACCGUCCCAGUCUUAGUCGGACUUCUGUCCUUCACACACUCCUUCAAACAGAGGUUCAGUGAACCGGUGCCAAAGGCCAGCCCUGCACAUGCACCUGGAACAGGUCUGACUGACUGCCGCCAAUGCCAACCAGGCUCCUGCUUCGGUCAUACAAGGGCUGCCCUUUGGCACCGCUUCUGUUCAUAGUUUUUAUGGACAGAAUUUCUAG